AUGGAGACUGCUAUAUCAGAAGAAGACCUGAAGAAACUUACUGAGCAGAAAGAGAAAGAAUGGAGAGAACUCCAAGAACUGAGGUCAAGUACAUUAGAAUCAGCUUACAAGGAAAAAGAAAAAAAGUUGAAUGAGGAAAGGGAAAAGUUCCAGAAACUGAAAGAGGAUUUUAAAUAUAACCUGCGACUACUUCAGGAGAGAGAUGCUGAACUAGAGAAAUAUGAUGCAUCUUUCUCAGCUUUAAAGACACAAGUGAAUGCUAAGAAUGCAGCCCUCAGUGAUGUUCACAUGCAGGUUGAUGACCUGAAGAUUGCUUUACGUAGAGAGGUGGAUGAGAAGAAUGCCCUCAACGUGCACUACCAACAGAGACUGGGGGAGAGGCAGACAGAGGUUGAGCAGUUCAAGAGGCUUAAGGAUUCUGAACUAUCCACCCAAAAACAGACCAGUGAUAGUGAAAGAAGACAACUUCAGCAAAAGGUCCUUGAAUUAGAAGAGGAAUUACAGAUGCAGAAGCAUGAUCUUACAACAGGUUAUGAAGAGUCAUUGAUAAAGAAAGAGAAAGAAUGUCAAGAAAAGCUGGAUGCGGUGAACACUUCUGCAUUAUCAAGUGAUCUAAAGGUGAAGCUACUUACAAAGGAAUUAGAUAUGCUGAAAAGGACAAACUUAAAGCAGAUAGAUGAGUUUAAUGACAUCGAGGAUGGCCAGAGACAGCUAGCAAAGCUGCUUAAGGAGAAAGAAUGGGAAUGUGCUGACAUUAAAGCUAUGAAGGAUGCCAGGAUAUCAGACUUAGAAGAGGGGAUUAAACAAACAGAGCUGACCACUAAAAGACUUCAGGAAGAUUUUAAAAGGAAACAUGAAGAACUUGACAGAUAUGCUAGGGAAAAAGAAAAUGCUCUCCAUAACCUGAAAGAUUCAUAUAACAACAGGGAGAAAGACCUUGAAGAUACUAUAAGGCAGCUACAGGGGCAACUUGAAGAUUUUGGUAUUAAGAUGAGACAAAUGGAAUGGACAAAAGAAGACAUAAUGAAGGAUAAAGAAAUAACAAUUGAAAGAUUGAAGGAUGAACUUGGUGAACUGAAGCUGAAGUGGGAUGGUCAGAUUGCAGCUAUGUCUAAAGACAAUGUUGCAAGAGAUGUUGAAAAUGAGCACCUGAAAGAUAGCAAUGAUAAACUUACAAAUGAACUGCAUCAGAGGAAACUUGACUUGGAAAGAUACCAGAAAGAGUUAAAUUUAGCUGUUGAGAGACAGAGGGAUCUAGAGCGCUCCAAAGCUCAAUUGGACCUGGACUGGCAGGAGCGAUACGAUGAUGUAGAGAGGAGCCAAUAUGAGAAAUCUGAAGAUUUGAUAAAGUCAUUAACUGAUGCACGAGAUGAGGCACUUGCUACUAUUAAAGAAAUCAAGCGAGAAUUAGCUCAGAAGGUAGACCUCAUAAAGGCUUUGACAGUGGACAAGAACCAAGCAUUUGCAACAUUGAAACAGCAUGGCAUUAACAUAGAUAGGAAACAUGAGACAGGAUCUGUGCCUCAAGAAAUAAAGGUGUUGCAGCAGCAGAAUGAUAACCUAAGAGCUGUAGUACACCAGAUGAGACAACAGAUGGAGUAUUUGGGUACACAUGCACCCAGAGAUACUAAUAACACAAAGUCAUCAGAUUACACAGAUGCUUUAGAAAAAGAGGUGAAGAAUUUGAAGAUCAAGAUUCGUCAGUUGGAACAGAAGCCUUUUGAAACAGCCUCUGAAGAGAAGACUCCACCAAGCAAUGAUGAUAUGAAGAAUCUUGUGGGAGAUAAUGUCAUUGUAAAGGCACACGUCCAAGCUUUGAAUGAUACCAUAGGUAGCUUGCGUAGUGAUAAAACUGAGUUGUCUGCCCAGCUGAAGAAACACCAGGCCAGAAACCUCUACCUUGAGAGCAUGGUGGAGUCUCUUUCUAAACAGCCCAGAGAGAAACAAGUUGAGGUUGACCAGCUCCAGUAUGAGUUAGGGGCCCAGGGCAGGCGUAACCAAGCAGAGAUUGCCAGCCUGAGGCAACGAAUUGGGGAACUCGAGCUCCAGCUGGUAGAGACACGUAAAGAAGCGGAUGAGUACUUCAAAGGCAGCUUGGAGAGAAACAUGGAGAAUACAGCACUGGGAAAUCAGGUUUCAUCAUUGAAGAUGGAUCUUGCAAACAAACUACCCUCAGUGAAUUAUGGAGCCCAAGAACUCAUGAUACAACAACUCCAAGAUGAGAUCACACGACAGCGUUCCCAGAUCAUGGGCCAGAAACAGGCUAACAUGACAUACAUACCAGAGAAAGAUAAGUCAGCUGUGCAGCAGCUACAGCUGAAACUAGGAGCAGCUGUUAAACAGAUUGGACAGUUAGCUAGAGAGAAGCAACAGCUGACAGAACUAGGGAACAGACUGAGGGCUCAACUUAAUAAAGCAGGUGUUUCCCUACCAAGCCCUCCUAAGCCUAAGCCCUCUGCCCCUGCCAUUCAGCCAUGGUCUACUGGAGGAGAUGUCAAUAUAAACCAAGCUGUCAAGAACAGACUGAAACAAUUGGAGAAAAUGCAGUAUGAUGUCACAAGACAGCAACUGGCUCUUGCCCAAAAGCAAAAAGUUUCUCCCAGGAGGGAUGUUCAAGAGAGGGAACCACCCAGUCUUGAGACAAAACCACCUAAAGUUGAGGCAGAACCAUCCAGACUUGAGGAGUUGUCCUCCAGCACAUCUGAAGAUGUGGAGCCAAGACCACCCUCAAUACUAAAACGCCCCUCAUCUGCCCCACAGGGACCUUACAAUCAACCAGUGCAAUUUGACAUUCCCAGUAGUGCAGAGAGGGGUCCAGUUACUACUCCUUCUGACCACUCAAGCCUGGGUAGCAGGGAUAUAGACCCUACACUGUUCACCACAAUGUCUUCCAUGGGAGGGGGAGAGUCUCUGCAGGACAUCUGGAGGAUGCUGGAUGAGGGUCAGACACCAUCUUUAUUUGGUGCUGGUGACACAGUAUCUCCUAUACCCAUGGCAAAUCGCAGUGAAUCCGUCCAAUCAAAUACACAACCAAGCCUACCCUAUACACAUUCAGGGCCCACUGAUACACAAUCAGGCCGAGGGCCCACUGAUACACAAUCAGGGCCUUAUAUUCAACCAUCUAGAUCUCAGGAUACAAUGCAAACAAAUAGAGGAAUAACUGACAAUAACCAAUGGACAUUAAAAGGACAAAAACAAGAUCUGUCAUCAAAACAGACAAAUAAAAAGGAGCUUUCAAGUAAAGCAGCUGGUAGAGUUACCAGUCAGAAAUAUACGCCAAAGCAUAAAAUACGUAAUUACAAUGAAAGAGAUGAUAGGUAGCUAUGUUUAACAGUUCAACCAAUGAAGCUAGAAUGAGGGAUUUCAUUGCUAAUACAUGUAGAUGGCAGAUUUAAAUGCUUUAAAGAGGUACAAACAUAAUAUUGCACCGUGGGCCCGUAGCUAGCUUUGGCCAAUGAAGGGGGAUCAUUUUUCAAAACAAUCAACUGGGGGUUCACAUUGGAUAACUUCCAAAAUCACUUGAAAAGUCUGCAGAAUGGUCAAAACUGCAUGAUUUUGAUAAUUUUUUUUGGCCAGGGUCGUUUGUUCGUACUCCCAAACUUGCCUGGCUACGAGUCUGUCUGCAAAAAGCAACAAAUGGCAAAAAAAUAUUUGCACAGUGCACAAUGGGACAGAAAGUGAAUAUGUUAUAGUCAAGUGAUUGAUCUGCCAUCUACAGUUGUAUAUGAGUCUUGGCGUCUUUGAUACAUGUAACUCUGACUGACAGCAUUAUAGACUUCAUGGGUUGCACUGUUUACAGAAAUUAAUGUACUCUUGUAUUCAGUUCUGCAAAUGUAUCAAUGUUCAUACUUUCUAAAAUAAAAACUAAGGGAUGUUGUCCAAAUGUCAACAUUGGUGGAAGUAUGAAGUUAAUGCUAUUAUAGACUAACCCCCAUCUCUCAAAUAACAAUAUUUUCCUCCCACUUGAAUUUCAAAAAUCCACAUUCAUCUAAUGAAAUUGUGAUUUAUUCACUUACUCUAAUAAAAUUAAUUUUGUUGUUCCACAAUAGUUGGGAUCUCAUAUUUACAUUCUAAUUUUACGUUUUUGAGAAAAGUCUAUUUUCUGACCCUGCGGGUUCCUGACUUUUUCUUUGG